AUGGAUGAGGGCGGUGAGGCGGUUGCCGUGGGACUGACCUCUGACAUUGCUAAGGAGCUUUUUCAUGUACGUCCAGUGUCAGUCGCGAAUACAGCCGAUGUGGAACUCCUAAAUAAGUCAGUGGAGACGAAAUUUGAACCGGAAAAACGGAAGACCAUCCCACCCCCCGAGUCCGCCUCCUCUCCAUCGCCGGAGCCGGAAGAGGAGUCAGUCCCCAGCGAACCAGCCGCGGAGGAGCCAGAACCUGACCCAGAACCGGAACCGGAGGAAGAAGAAGAGGAGGAGGAGGAGGAGGAAUCUGAACCAGAGCCCGAAUCGGAGCCUGAACCUGAGUCGGAAUCUGAAUCAGAGUUAGACCUGCCAGGAUACAGCUCUGUCACUGUUGCAGACUCCUUAGCCAUCCUCGACACCUUUUCGGAAGUGAAGUGGAUAAUGGAGGAGAUUGCGGACAACUUCGAGAAAGUAGCUGGAAGGCAAGGCCACGUUCACCGAAGGGCUCCUCACCCCAUACACGUGAUUACAACACGCCAUCCCAUGAUAACAUCAGCUAUAAAUCAGCUGACAAAUAGCAUCCUCGGUUUUGGUGAUGAAGUGGAGGCCCUACAGAACAGAACCCCAACUGACACGAUCAGCGAACCUACUCCGGAGCCUGUUCCAGCAAAUCCUGCCCUUCUGGAGACCCUGGAACUUCUUCAAGAAACUAUCACCACCAUACAAACAAGGAAGGCCGAAAGGGCUAGCAAGAAGCAAGCGAAAGCAGCGGAGACCCUGAAGGCACUGACAGAAAUCAGCAAGUCCCUGCAGAUUCUGGAAGGGAAGAAGAAAUUCUCUGAAGCUGUGCAGGCCGAUCCCGUCGGCGCCAUCACUUCCAUCUGGAGCACAGGCAUGGCUGAUCCCCCUUCCCAGGUGCCUGCAGGCCAGCAGGAACCUCAAGACGGGACGGGGACGAGUGUUCCAUCUAUCGGAAGCGCAGUCUCUCCAAUGAACACACCAAUAGUGCCUGGAUCCAUGUUGUUUCAAGAGAGCACAAUAUCCUCCAAGGACCAGGAUGCAGAAGAGCUCGCAAGAACCACAGAACAUCACAACAAAAGCCAAGGUAGGUCUUCCUCAGCCAGUUCAGGCAAAAAGUCAGACAAGUCAGAGAAGUCAGAGGACUCGCCCGGCCUCCUGAAGAGAAUAACCUCCAAGAUCUUUGGAAAGAGUAAGGACAGUUCAGAGCAGGAUGAUAAGAGUCAGUCGAAGAAGGACAAAGCUGCGGCCAAAACGAGCACAACUUCUUCUCACAAAAAGUCCACAAGCUCAAAGACGCCGGAGAGCCAGGCGCACAGAAAGUCGUCGCCAACCAAAGACACAAUGGUGAUCCGAGACAGCAAAGCCAGCAAGAAAUCCAAGACCUCAAACAAAGACAGAAAACACUCUUCUUCCAGCAGCGUAUCUACGGACAAAUCCCACCACCAUCACCAUCAUGAUCAUCACAAACACAGUCAUCACCAGCAUAAAGAGCGCGAAGAGUCGAAAAGCAAGAAGUUGGAGGAGAAAGAUCCUGCUCAGCUUGCAGCAGAACGGCGAGCCGCCAAUCAGGAGAAACUCACAUGUCUCAUGAACAUGCUAAGAUCGUGUCACUGGGUGGACGGGCGGAUUGAACAAAUGUGGCAGAAGCUGAACGGUCCAUCCAACCCCAUGGGUAUGGGGGGUUGUUCACAGCCAAUGAAUCAACCCAUGUGUCAGCAGCCAUUUAUGCCUCCGGGACCCGGAAUGCCACCAGGAGCAGGGCUUAUGCCACAAGGUUCGGGCAUGAUGCCCCCGGGAUCGGGCGCCGUGUCUGCGGGAAACCCUAUGAUGCUCCCUGGGACUUCUUCAAUGCCGCCUCCAAUGAUGGGACCUUAUCAACGUCAACAGCCACCGAUGUCACAAUUUCCGAUGUUACCACCGCCACCCAUGUUGCCAAUGCCUCCAGUAUUACCGAUGCCGUUUCCAUGGUUCUCCUUCAUGCCUUAUAUGCCCCCACCGCCAAACUAUGUAGCGGUGCAGACGCCCUGUCAGGGAGGCUCUUCAGGAGCCACCUUCUUCUGCACUAGAAUCGAUUGA